UGAUAACACAGUACUGGGAGGGAGAGAGCGCAGCCAGGCAGCGACUUCGAACUUCUCCCCCGUAGAUAUUCCUCUCAUACUGCCGUGAAAUACUGAACCGUGAGGGAGGAAAAGGGAGAGAGAGGGGAAGAGAAAGAAAAGUUCCAUUAGUAGCGGAAGUUUCGAAUGGUGAGGGGGAGAGAGGGAGAGGCGGCCCUAGUUAGCGGCGGAAGUCCCGAGUAGUAAGUCCAACAUGGCGUCCGACUUUGGGGACCAACUCCCAGAUGAGGAAAAGGUGCGGAUUGCUUCAAAUUUUGUUAUGCACUCACCUCCUGGGGAAUUCAAUGAAGUCUUUAAUGAUGUACGGACCCUGGUGAACAAUGAUGCCUUGCUGCGAGAAGGAGUGGCCCGAGCUAUUGCCGAGUACAACAAAGACCAGCUAACCCCGGUGAGGCUGGACGGACAGAGCCACUAUGCACUCGUCACAGAACACAAUGAUCUGGGGGGUGGUCGCUUUGUGGAUCCACGUGCAAAGCUCACUUUCAAGUUUGAUCAUUUAAGAAAGGAAGCAACAGAUUUAAAGCCCUGUGAGAGUGAUCCGGCCACAGAGAGUUGGAGAAGUGCAGUGGAGACACAGCUCAUUCAGUAUGUCAGUGAUCAUUACCCUCAUGGGGUGUGUGCUGUGUAUGCACGCACCCAAGGAUCAGCUGUCACCCUCACAAUGUGCAUAGAAGACCACCAGUUCCAGCCCAAAAAUUAUUGGAAUGGUCGGUGGCGAUCAACAUGGACUGUGACUCUAGGAGGAGGAAGUGUGGAACUGAAGGGAGUCCUCAAAGUUCAGGUCCACUACUACGAGGAUGGCAACGUCCAGUUAGUCACUUCUAAAGAUGUUAAAGGCAAUCUAACAGUUGCUGGUGAGGAAGAAACUGCCCAAGAAUUGGUGCACUUCAUUGAGGCUGCUGAGAAUGAGUACCAGACUGCAAUCAGUGAAAACUACCAAACUAUGUCGGACACUACCUUCAAGGCCUUGCGUCGUCAGCUUCCUGUUACACGGACCAAGAUUGAUUGGAAUAAGAUAGUUUCAUAUUCUGUGGGUAAGGAGCUUAAAAAGCAAUAAUAGUAAAUGGUGGUACUAUGGAACAUUUAAAAUAAUAAAUCUGUCUCUAUGGGAUGCUGUAGGGAUAGUUUUAACAGUGCAUUUGGCAGUCAUUAUUCCUAUUGAUUAGUAUUGGUUGUUGAAUACUUCAGAGUCAAAUUAUUGUUUUGUCCCUAAGUAUUAUUGAUAUUUGGAGUUUAUGAGUACCUCUGUUUUCCAUUUUACCCACUUUGUUAUGGUUUAUUGGACCCAAUCUGAUUUCUCUAGUAAAAAAUGUUUCACUCAUUUGGGUAAAGAAAGAGACAAGUUGCUUUAAGGCUUCUCUGGGGUGAAUCAUGCCAGUUGAGCACUGUUACUGAAGGUAAAACUACAUCUUGUUGAACUGUUGUGUAGGCUAUCAGAAACACACAGCAAGGGUACCCUUUCAUUUGGAAGUGAAACACUGAGCUACACAAAAUGUUCAGAAAGCACAGAAAUGAGCUUAACAGUUCCUCUUUUGAGGACUAAUUCAAUUUUUACAAAUUUAUAGCCUUGAAAAGUUUGCGUGGUCAGUGUUCCACCUUUGAUUAUGUCUUCCUGUGCAUUGUUUUUGAUUGUUUACACAAGCAUCAAGUGCAACAGGCAACAGGCUCAUUUUGUAGACUCACUACAGGCAAGAGUAGAGGAGUCUAUUUGGGUUAUGAGUUUCUGCUGCCAACAUCAUGUUUCUGAAAAGAAGCUACACUUUGCAAGAUGGUCCAUGCUGUCACUACUACCCAGACGCCUGUGAUACCUCGCUGAGGGGAGGUCUUAGGGACGAUGUCGGUUCCUAGAGAUGGCCUGCUUGCUAACUGCUUGAUGGUGUUGAUUAUAUAGUACAUAUUUAUCUAAUCAUUUACACUUAAUGUUUAAGAAGUGAUUUUGCAAGAAGUUCCUGUUUUGCCAUGUGCAUUACAGGUCAAAAAUAUAUUAUCAGGUAGCCCAAUGUGAGGGCAUUUCAAUUGUCCUUUGCACAUUAUGGAUGGAACAAGGUGAGCUCUGCACAAACAAACCUAGAAAAAAUAUAUUGUUAUAAAUAUUGAUCUUUUCUUUGGAAUAAGGCAGAACAACAGUGAAUGUUCAGGAACUUUAUACUACUUCCAGACACAUCCAUCAUCAGUAGUCUUCUUUUUUACUAUUGUCUCAAAUGGUCCUCAUCAUAUCAAAAUUUAUUAUUAUCUAAAUUAUAAUAUUUUUGUUUGGUGUAAAUGAGUAAGUAAAGUCUGUGAUUUUCUGUAUAUAACUCAGUAUUUAUGGUAAAUAUUUGUUUCAAAUAAAGUUUCAAAUAUAGUAAUUUCAGAAUUCAUAGAUCACAUCAGAAAUUAUCUUAUUUUCUUAAAUACUAUAACUAGUAGGUUUGAAAGGACUGAGCUGAUCUGAAUAGAAUUCUAUAAUGCAGCAGCUUUCACUAACUGGAGAAUGAUCUUGCUUAUUUGAAUUUUUGUUCAAUCACUUUGUGUAGGAGCAGUUAUAUUCUCUAAAGUAUACAAAAUGUUGUUCCUGGUUGGAUCCUUUUUCUAGUGAUUAUAAUUUUUGAAGGUUA